AUGAGCUACUUCCUGUCCUACUGCAAAGCACACUGCACUGCUGUGCUUGCCCAGUACCAGAGCCUGAGGUCAGAAGGCUUUCUCUGCGAUAUUCUGCUGAAAGUGAAAGAAAACGAGUUUCCUGCACACAAGUCCUUGUUGGCAUGCUCCAGCGACUACUUCCGAGCCAUGUUCAAAAGUUACACCCAAGAGUCUAAAGCCAGUGUCAUUCACCUGCAAGUUGUCUCACCCACUGGGCUCCAGCACAUCCUGGAUUUUAUUUACACAUCCUUGCUGCCCCUUUCUUUUGAAAGCCUGGAGGAUACCUUGGAAGCUGCAAGCUACUUGCAAGUGACUGAUGCUAUCGGYUUGUGCAAUCAGUACUUGGUUAACAAUCUUGCCUUGGAAAACUGCUGCUUCUCUGCCAACGUGGCCAGGAAGUUCUACCUGCCAGAUGCCCUAGCAGCCACAGAAAAAUACAUCAUCAAAAAUGUCUGGAAGCUGCUGGACUCGGAUUUGUCAGGACUUCUCGAGCUGAACUUCAGGUCUUUGCUAGCAGUGAUUCAGUCACCAGAUCUCCCCAUGGUGGAAGAAUGCCGCCUGUUGGAUCUCGUACUGCUGUGGUUGAAGCAGGAUAAAUCCAGGCUGGAUCAYGCCAGCAGCCUUUUAGAGCACAUAAGAUAUGGUCUCAUCCCAGUGGAAAAGCUGAGAAAAACCUACACGCAGUCAGAAGUGUCCCUCUCAGCAGGUAUCAAGUGCUUGAUCAUAAAAGCGMUAAAUUAUCACACAUCUGUAUUCAAGCAGCCUGUCCUGCAGGAUAAAUCCACCACACUGAGGAACCAGAAAACUCGGGUCAUUCUGCUGGGGGGAGGGACGGCAGGUGAGGGGCUCAUCAAUGAUGUGGUGGCUUUUGAUGUUUACAAUCACAAAUGGAGAACRCUCACGCAGCUGCGGGACAGGGUGCAGAACCACAGUGUGUGCGUGGUGGGGAACUUCCUCUAUGUCCUGGGUGGGGAAAUACAAAGCGGUGCCCUGGGCGAUGCCAAAAUGGAAAAAUUAUCGGUUACAAACCAGGUGCAUCGAUAUGAUCCAAGAUUUAACACGUGGACACAAAUCACGGGCAUGCUGGAAAAGAGAUGYCAGUUCUCCUGCUGUGUCCUGGGCAAGGACAUCUUUGCCAUUGGUGGAAGGGGGGAGGAUGGGUCGCUGCAUUCCUCUGUGGAAGUCUAUGACAUCAGCAGGGACAGAUGGACGAAGGCCAGGGAAUUGCCAUGCAGGAUCCAUGGCCAUGCCAGUGCUGUUUGCAAGAACACCAUAUACAUCUCUGGGGGAAAGUACUCGGCCCCAGCCAGCACCAGCAAUGACGUUUAUUCCCUGAGCUCACUUGAGGGCCAGUGGGUGAAACGAGCCCCAAUGAGCAUUGCUCGGUUUGGGCAUCAGAUGGCAACCAUCAGGGAAUCCAUAUUCACCUUUUUGGGAUUAUAUGAACCUUUCUCUGAAAUUGAAAGGUACGACCCGGAUAAAAACCAAUGGAUCCGAUUAAGACCGCUGGUGUACGAUCGAUUCUCCUACGGCCUGGCAGUGGUGGAGGAAACAGCUCUUCUGAUUGGGGGAAAGAAAUGGCAAAACUCCCUGGAGGUCUCCACACAAGAUGUGGUUGGGUAUGACAUCGACAACGAUGGCUGGGAGGAGAUCUGCAGGGCCCCUCUGCCCUGGUGGGGGUUGCAGUGCGCCGUGCUCCAGCUCGCCGAGGUGCCCGAAGAGCAGGACUGGGACAGCCAGAACAAGAAACUGCCCAACUGCUGA